AUGUUAUUAAAAUUCUUUUUCCCAAUAUUGCUCUUGUUUACCCUUAUCUAUUUGGGGUGUUCUGAGGGGGAUAAGGGAAACAUUCCAAAUGGUCUUCAGGAAUCUGAGAAUCAGGUUGAUCAGGAAUUGGUUAGAUUGAAGAGAGAUGAUGAUGAGGAGGGAGAUAAGGCUGAAGAUGAAGACAAGCCUGAAGAGGAUGGAGAUAAGGCUGAAGAUGCUGAGAAUGCUGAUGAAGAUAAAGGAGAUGCUGAUGAGGAAGAAAAAAAAGAAGGUGAUGAUGAAGAGAAAAAGAGUGAAGGUGAAGAGGAAAAAGCGGAAGGUGAUGAAGAAGAAAAAAAGGAUGGAACUGAGGAAGAAAAGAAAGAAGAAGAUGAAGAAGAAAAGAAAGAUGACGAUGAAGAAAAAAAGGAUGAGGAAGAAAAAAAGGAUGAUGAAGAAGAAAACGGAGAUAAAGAAGAAAAGAAGGAUGAUGCGGAAGAGAAAGAGGAUAAACAUAAGAAGGAUAAAAGUAAGAAGAAGGAUAGUAAGUCCGUUCAAAAGGAUAAAAAGGACGAGAAGGGUGAGAAAAGUUAUAAUUUUUAUUUAAAUUAA